AAUAACCAAAUAGGAUGGGAUGUUUAUAGCAAUUGAUAUUUUGCAUUUCAUUGCAUGCAUGGUUGAAGAACGCCUCAAACACGUGCAGUACUCGUAGGAAAACAACGGCGCCCUAUGGUCCAACGUCUUAGUCCUCUCGAAUCUCGGGCGUAAGCCAAGGUCCAGUGCGCCACGUAUCACUUUCACCCAACCGAACCUCCUCACCCUCUGGUCAAAUUCCAUACCUAUUUCUCCCCCCUUUUUUUUAUUAUUUAUUCUUAUUUCUUUCACUUUUUUUCUCCUACAAACAUUUCGUUUGUUUCCAUGCAGGAAUGAUUAUUUGUGAUGCCAAAUUCAUUGAUCAAAUAAGCCAGGCUUGCUAAGGAACAAGCUUCCGGAGGUGAUUUUUCAUGAAAAUUCAGAAUUGAGAAACUUUAAAGCUGGAAAUGAUGGAGAUGGAUAACGAUAGAGGAUUGUUAAGGCAUUGUUGGGUAUUAAUAAUCUUCACUUUAAGGAGGCUAUAAAAGGAAUUCCGGUGAAUCUAAAGGAGCACUCAAAUUGAAGGUUAUAGGUUCUAUUCUGCCAUUUUGACCAGCUGAGCUUUGUAAACUUCCGAAAAUGUCAUCUAUACAAUUGAAACGAGGUGCCAGCGAUAAGUCUUUGUCCCCUGUCGACCAACAAGCAAAGAUUGACGAUGUUAGGAAACUAAUUGGCCCAGUAGUUGACAAACUACCAGUCCUUUGUUCGGAUGCAUCUAUUUUAAGAUUCCUCAGAGCAAGGAACUGGAAUACAAAGAACGCGAGCAAAAUGUUAAAAGAAACAUUGAAGUGGAGACUUCAAUACAAGCCAGAGGCAAUCCGAUGGGAAGAUAUUGCUCAAGAAGCUGAGACGGGAAAAGUUUACAGAGCUAAUUACUGUGACAAACUUGGGAGGCCUGUUCUUGUCAUGAGACCUGGUCUCCAGAAUACAAACUCACCAGUGGGGCAGAUCAAAUACUUGGUUUAUUGCAUAGAAAAUGCUAUAAUGAAUCUGGUCCAAGAUCAAGAGCAGAUGGUUUGGCUUGUUGAUUUCCAAGGGUGGGCAAUGACAAGUAUAUCUGUUAAGGUGACUCGGGAAACUGCUCGUAUCUUGCAAGACCACUAUCCAGAGAGACUGGGCAUAGGAAUUCUCUAUAAUCCCCCAAAAAUAUUUGAAUCUUUUUGGACGAUAGUGAAGCCAUUCCUUGAGACUAAGACAUACAAGAAAAUGAAAUUUGUCUAUUCUGAUGAUCCAAAAAGCCUGAAAGUAAUUGAAGAAAUUUUCGACUUGGAUAAGCUGGAUGUUGCAUUUGGUGGGAGAAACCCAGCUGGAUUCAAUUUAGAAGUGUAUGCACGACAGAUGAAGGAUGAUGACAGCAAAAGGAUGAAUUUCCAUGGCUCUGGUUGUUCAUCACCAUUUUAUCAUUCAUCAAGUUUGUCUGAAUCACAACAACACGAGUCAACGGAUUUAGACCGCGAUUCCAAUGCUUCGGAUGAAGGCAGAUUAUAAUCUGUUGAGGAACCAACAGCUUCCAAAUUCGAAACGCAUUGAUGAGUACACGACACAAGGGGUGUCACCCAACUGCAAAGAUAUUCAGGUAGGUGAAGCAGCAGUUGCAAAAGAAGUACAAUAAGCAAGUUGACAGAAAGACUCGAUCCAGUUUCAAGUUUUUUUCCGGUACAUUUAAAUCUGGCUUCAAGUUAAAUUUCAUUAUUCUCUAACAUUUUGAGUAAUCAAACUUCAUAUUUAGAUAGUGACCUGGAUUCAGUCUUUCAGUGCAACCAUCUGAUUAACCGCAUUAGAUUAGCUUGAGCUUUCAGCUUGAACUUUGACAUGAACUUUCACAGUUAUAUAUACACAACUCAACUGUGAAGAACAAUAAACUUUUUCAUACCAAUAUUAAAUGUUUUUUUUCCCGAUGUACAGAUUAUUUUAUUUUGCUGUAACUAUACCUUAUUCAACAGCACUAUGACAAGCCAAACUUUGUGUUA